AUGUUGGUCGACAAUGACGAAUUAAAGGCGAUUGUGGAGGCUGAUGAUUCUCAGACUACAGCUGAAUUAGCAGCAGCUUUCGAAGUUAGCACUAAAACAAUAUUGGUCCAUUUGCGUCAAAUUGGCAAGCGCUCAGCUAGUUGGUUAGAUCCUGGUUCAGUACCUAAACAAUACCGUAAACGAAAAAUGACCCCUAAGAAAGUAAUGGUAACUGUUUGGUGGUCUAGUGCCGGUGUAAUUCAUCACAGCUUCUUACCAAACGGCACGAGCAUUACUGCAGAUGAGUACUGUGAAGAACUAAACACAAUAAUGAGGAAGCUCGCACGUCUCCAACCAGCUUUGGUCAAUCCCUCGGCUCUGCUGCUCCGGCACGACAACGCGCGACCUCAUACUGCACAGCAAACAGUCUCCAAGUUACAAGAGCUGGGGUUGGAAGUUUUCCGUUAUCCACCGUACUCACCAGAUCUUGCCCCUACAGACUUCCACUUUUUCCAGAAUUUGGAUAACUUUUUGGCGGGAAAAAAUUCAAUAGCCGAGAGGCAGUACAAAAUGCCUUUGCAGAGUUUGAUACCUCCCGUCCAGCAGAGUUUUUCAGGAAAGGCAUCAAUAAGUUACUAUUACGUUGGCAAAAAUACAUUGCUUCCAUGGUAUCAAAUAUGUUGUAAAGGACCUAAUUUUUACUGA